AUGCUCAAAAUAUUUUAGAACGCAUUCUCAAAAAAGAAGAAAUCCCACACUUAAUCAUUUUAGCUCGAGUCAAAAGAUCCUCCUCCUAUUCACAAGGCCUCAACCUUAGACUUUUAAAUAGUAGAUGAAAUAGCUAUGAACUCAAUCGAAGAAUCAUAUAAUUAAAAAUAAAGAAGAAGUCAAUCAUUUGAAGCUAAAGAACAGGCUCCUCCUUAAUAAGAAGAAUUUAUGGAUUAUGUAGUGUAGGAAGAUGAUUCCUUUUUCGGAAUUUCUCUCAAGUUUAGUGUCAAUGAAGGUUAUUUGUUAAGGAUCAAUAAUCUAUCUAGUGACAUGAUUUUUUAAGGUCAGGUUUUAAAGGUUCCUGUAACAAAUCAACCUCGAUUCUCUAUCAUCAAGCCUAUUGAAUAAAAUAAAAAUGCUGAAAAUAUAUGGGAAUAAGAUAAAUUAAGUUAGAAGUUUGAUGUUACUUAUUGCAAUAAUAAAUAAAAUUCUAAUGGGAUAAUGACUUUGACUAGUGACAUAGUACUAUUUGAUCCAUACUAAUAAGAGCAAACACAAGAUAAAUAAAAUAAAGUUCGAAUGAAUGCCUGCAUUUCAAUGAUUGAUAUCAAUGAAGCAGUAACAUAUGUUUUAUAAAAUUAAAAUGGAUGUUUAGAUUACAUUGUCUAAAUCCUAUUAUCUGGAAUUGGCAAACCUAAAUUCGAAAAACAGUAUUUUAAGCAAUUAAGAAAAUACAAGAAAUAGAAAAGGAGUAUAGCCACUGUGUUUUUUAGACAUGCUGAAAGAGAUUUAGAUGGGAAAUUAUAUACAGAAGAAAUCAAAAAGGCUAAUUGUGCAUUUAUUGUAAAAUUCAUUAAUGAAGCUUGCACUGGAUAUACUGAACAAUCUAAAUUAACAAAAAUACCUUAUUUAGAUAUAAUAGAGGAAAUUAAAGAGAAAAAAUAAAUAGAAAUAGACGAAAUCCAAGAUGUGAUUGGAGAGAGAAUGGGAAAACUUUGGGCUUCAUUAGAAUAUGUGCCAACAUUAAAAGAACCUUCUGAUUGUUUCACUAAUACUACCUACAAACAAAUCAUUGAACAAAUUCCUGCUGUAUAUCGUUUAGCUGAUUGGAUUAAAUAUUACAAUAUUAGCUAAGAUGGAUCAAGCUUUUAGAAUUUGCUCUAUGAAAUCAAAGAUAGAGCUCCGAUUAUUUUAAUCAUAAAGGAUUUUGAUAAUUGUGUAUUUGGAGCAUAUAUUUCAACAGAAUUACGUCAAUAUAGUCAAGGAUUCAGAGGGAAUGGAGAAACCUUCUUAUUUAAUUAUAAAAAUGAAUUCAAGAGUUAUUUUUGGACUGAAAAAAACAGAGACUUUAUUUAUUGUGAUGAAUCAGGCAUCGGUAUUGGUUGCGGUGAUAAAUUUGGGUUAUUUAUCGAUCACAGCCUAACAUUUGGGUAUUCGAACCAAUGCGAUACUUUUGAUAAUAUUAGAUUUAGUAAUUCUGAAAAGUUUAGAAUUAUGCAUCUUGAGGUUUGGGCCAUUUUAUAAUAAUGA